GCGGACACUGGAUUUGGGGAGCGGGGCUGCACGGGGCCCGGCCAGCCCCCCGGGCUGCUGCCGCGAGGCAACUUCCUACCCCCGAUUUUCUUCGGCGACUUGUUUGAUGCGGGGCUGAGGCACGGCGCCACCUCCCGCCGCCCCGCUCCUCCCCGCCCCGGCCCGGCGGGGGCCGCUUUGUGUGCGCGGGGAGCUGCCACCUGGAGACGGGGCGGCGGCCGCGGCGGGGCUCGCUCUCCAUCCCUCGCCCUUUGCACCAUGAAACUCCCGAGGAGUCCCGGUAGCCCGGGAGCAGCUCUGCUGCCUCUUUGUCUGCUCGUCCUGAAGACCUGGGUGCCGGUGCAAGGCUACCUCUACAACAACCGCUACGCCGGUGAUAAAGUAAUACGGCUUGUUCCAGGAAGUGAGAGAGAAACACAGGCACUGAAGUCUGUAUUUCAUCAGCUUAAGGUAGACCUGUGGCAGCCCAGCAGCCUCUCCUACAUCUCAGAGGGUACAGUCACAGAUCUACGUGUACCAAGGAACAGUUCACGAGUUCUGCUAUCCUAUCUACAGCAAGCAAACAUCCAAUACACGAUUCUCGUAUCUGAUCUACAGCAAGCAAUAGAAAAACAAACUGGGUUGGGGUCAUCUAGGAAUCGUAGAUCUAUGCCAGGAUACAACUAUGAAGUGUAUCACUCACUAAAAGAAAUCCAAAAUUGGAUGUAUCAACUGAACAAAACUCACUCGGAUCUCAUCCACAUGUUCUCCAUUGGAAAAUCAUAUGAAGGGAGACAACUGUCUGUGCUCAAGUUAGGUAAAAGAUCACGGCGUUACAAGAGAGCUGUCUGGAUAGACUGUGGCAUUCAUGCAAGAGAAUGGAUUGGCCCUGCCUUUUGCCAGUGGUUUGUGAAAGAAGCAAUUCAGACAUAUCAGAGUGAUCCUGCAAUGAGAAGGAUGCUAAACCAGUUGUAUUUCUAUAUCAUGCCAGUAUUUAAUGUAGAUGGAUAUCAUUUUAGCUGGACUGAUGAUCGAUUUUGGAGAAAAACAAGGUCAAAGAACUCAAAGUUUCAUUGUCAUGGUGUAGAUGCUAAUCGUAACUGGAAAGUGAAAUGGUGUCAUGAAGGUGCUUCCUUUCACCCAUGCGACGAUACCUACUGUGGUCCUUUUCCGGAGUCUGAGCCUGAAGUUAAGGCUGUAGCUCACUUUCUUCGCAAACAUCGGAAACAAAUAAAAGCCUAUUUGUCUUUUCAUGCAUAUGCCCAGAUGUUGCUCUACCCAUACUCUUACAAAUAUGCAACAAUUCCAAAUUUCAGCUGUGUGGAGUCUGCAGCUUAUAAGGCUGUUAAUGCUCUUCAGUCAGCUUAUGGUAUAAGAUAUAGAUACGGCCCUGCAUCUAGCACUUUGUAUGUGAGCUCUGGUAGUUCUAUGGACUGGGCCUACAAAAACGGCAUUCCGUAUGCAUUUGCAUUUGAGCUGCGUGAUACUGGUCAUUUUGGAUUUUUACUUCCUGAGGCUCUCAUCAAACCAACUUGUACAGAAACCAUGCUAGCAGUUAAAAAUAUCACAAUGCAUCUGUUGAAGAAAUGUCACUGAGUAUUAUAGCUAGGGUCUGGAAUAUGUCUUUUUACUUCAAGUGUGUUUUAAAUAGACACUGCUGAAUCACUGCAGUUCUACACUAGGUAUCACUUUAAAUUUGUAGCUACUAUUAGAGAAUGUGGUACUUAUUCUGUGUUGGAUGGGUUCUACUCUACAAAAGUCUCAGUAAGUUUGUGUGUCACCUAAAUAACUUGUUCACAGCAAAAUACUCUGUUCUUAUUUGUGAUAUAUAUUCAAGCCUCGAUUCUGUGCCAGUGAGUUUAGAAGCAACAGGAUCAGAUCCUGCUUUCUGUUUUGGGACCAAAAUUUUGGCAGGCUCCACUUGCAAGCACAUGCAUGGCCAAGACUGUGGGGCAUAAUUUAUCUGCCUCUAUUCUUAUAGUUUCCUUCAUAAAUAAUAGUGCCAGCAAAAGCCAUGGAGGGACAUUUCAGAUGGGUAUUUGUGGAUCCAGGCAACAGUGGGUCAGGAGACCACAUGUGAGUGAACAUAUGGUCUCCUGACCCAUGGUUGCCUUUCUAUGUAGCGUUACAUGUUCCUGAUAAUAAAGGCUUAUGAAUGGUAAAUGGUUGCUGCUGGACAGACUGCAGGUGGAUAUUGAUCUAAUUUUUUUUUGCAUAUAUGUAUAUACGCUUUGGAAACCUUUUUAUAUGGUGCCGGAAUUUGAGGUGUGCUUUUCUUUUAAUUAUUCAGAGACAGCUAUUUUAAAAUAUAUAAACACAAAUGGAAUAAAGAUCAGCAUAUUACCAUUUUUAAAUAUACCAUUUGAAAGAUUUGUAAGAAUUUUAAUGCGGUAUGACUGAGAAAGCACCAAUCUUGACCAACUGAAGAUCUGGUCCUUAAACUAUCACUUAAGUGGUAACUGCAGCUUUUAUUUAAGGGUUCUUAAGUAAUGAGGGUUCUGUGGCUACAUGGCUAUUCUUGAAAAUCAAGUUUUUUGCGUGUUUUAUAUGAGUGAUAAUCGAUUCUUAACUGAUUGGGAAACAAAAAUAUGGAACUUUUACAGUUGAAAGUUUUCUAGUGAAUAAGUACCAUAGUUGAAAAAACAAUGCUAAAAGUACAACGUGCAUAAUGUAUAAGGGAUUUUUUUGAUAUUUCCAGACUAUGCUUUUGUAUUAUAUUUGGAAAAUUAUUUUUUAUUUUAGUAUUUUUGUUUUGAGUUUCAAUUGAUGCCAGAAAUUGUUAAAUAAAGCACAUUUGUUAAUAAAA